CAGAGUAUCAAAAUCCGCAGUAAUGGAGAGAGAGAGGAGUGGAUUUAUUCCACAGUGGUUGCUGUUGGCAGAGGCGAGAUUGAUUGAUUCGCUUGAGAGAGACUUCUUUUUUUUCUCUCUAAUUUAUCUCUUGUUUGUUCUUCCUACGAUUAAAAUGCUUCUGCCCUGUGAUUACGAAUCUUCCAUUUGCUGAUUCCCCAUUCAAAUCGAUGUAAGAGAGAUCGCAAGAAUCGAGGAACAGUAGAUGGAGCAGACUCCUCCGUACCCUCGACGAUUAAAUGUCAAUCUCAAAAAUCUUCCUCCAAUUAAUCCCCGCACUGGAAAUGGAAAUCAUCACUUCUCGAUUCCGGCCAAGUUUGAGAAAUCCAGAUAUAUUAGGCGCGUACCUCACUUUACGCCGCCGAAUCACCGGCCGGAAAUGAAGCCGGACACCGCUGGAGCUCUGAAUACGAAGACGAUUCCAGAGGCUUCGUCGGAUUCUUUCGUCGCGAAGAACGAGAACAGCCGGGAAAUAGCUUCCACUUGCAGUUGCGGACAUCGCUCAGCCAAAGAAGGUACUUUAGAAAAGAGAGCGGCAAAGUCCCUUCUGUUUGAGGUCUGCACUGCAAAUUACUGGAAACCUCCUCUGUUUGAAUGCUGCGAGGAAGAAGGGCCAAGCCAUGCAAAAAAUUUAUUUUGUGCAGGUUUAGGUUCAAGGUUAUUGUGGAGAUGAAGGGAGCUUGUGAUGCAGUUUUAGAAUGCUAUGGAAAUUCUCAGGCAAGAAAGAAAGUAGCAGCACAGAAUGCUGCAGAAGGAGCAUUAUGGUGUUUAAAGCAUUUGGGAUAUUCUCAUCUCUAAAUAUGUUAAAAAUGAUUAAUAUAAUAUUAUGUAUAUAUUAGUGACAUUUUAUUGAUAUUUUUUAUAUUUUGUCGAUUUUUCUAUUUACUUUUUAGAUAUCGAACUCAUUGAUACAUGAAAUGUAGAUAGAAUACUAUAUUAAUGUCAUAAUCCUAACCAGGUGUUAGAGGAUUAUAAA